GUACAAAUAGCCCUGGGCUCCCCAGGCUGCUCAGUCCAGCUCCUCAGCGCUCACUGUUUGCUCAGCUGAACGCUCAGCCGCAGGAACCAUGAAGCUGGCCCUGUCUCUGCUGCUGGUCACUCUGGCCCUUUGCUGCUCUGACGCAAAUGCCAAAACCUGUCCAGCCCUUCAAAACGAAGUGAGAGGCUUCGUGUUGGACAUUAAACCGCUUUUUUAUCGCAUCCUCAAGACGUUUCCGGCACCUGAACCCGCCUACGCGUCCACGAUGGCUGUGAAGGAUUGUGUAAAUCGGAUGUCCUUUAGCGACAGACACAAAAUUUACGACGUUGUGGUAACUCCAUUGUCCUUCUGCAUAGAGGCUGCUGCUCAGCUGCAUGGCCAGGCGGGAGGAGGGUGCUGCUCUGGGGGGCACAGGCGGGGGGCACCUGUCCCUCUGCUCACCUCUGAGAGAGGGGCCCGUGGCCAAGGGUGGAUGGUGACCCGACACCCGCUGGGCCAGCCUCAGGCUGCACAGCCUCUGCAGGCCCCUCCCUGGGCUCUGGUUUCCCCACGUGUCCUGAGGGGGGACAGCCAGGGCCCAGGCGGUGAUCACGGCUAUCGGGAAUAUGUGCAACAAAUAGAUUCAACAAACCUCACCUACGAGGGCCCCUGCUUUCAAGGAUCCAUCAUCAUCGUCCUGCCCUUGUCCCUCCUGGCUUGUGCCCAAGGCUCCUACCCGGGCCCUGGGGGUGGAGCUGCCCUCCCUGCAAUGCGCCUGCACAUCCACACCACAGUGACCUCCCACAGGAAGGGGAACCGGCCCUUCUUCUGCACCUGA